AGUAGGCGACGCGUGGAAAGUUGUUGGUAAAAAAAAAGAAUGCUCGGUAAUUUGGGCCACGCACCGCUGCACACUUUCGGUCGUUGUUCCCUGAAAAAGUUGAGUUGAAGCACUACUAUAGAAUGCUAAAGUUCACGAAUUGAGAGAACUCGUAAGCACUGGAAACAUUUAAUUAGUGACGAGAAUUAUUAAUAGAGAACGCGCGGAGCGGAGGUGGAUUACCGCGGUAAAAAAAUGCUUCCCAACAUGAGAGUGCGUUCGCUUUUUUUUCUGUUUUGCCCACCGGCUUCCCGUUCCGAAACAAUAACAAUGCGCCCAACAUUUGACGCCGCUAGCCAGCCUGUUGAUGGCUGGUCAGUACUGCUCAGCAGGUGCUGCCGCGGCGCAUUAUCGGUUCGUUUUGUCCGCGGCGCGCCUCAGUUCUUUGUCGGCUUUUGCGUAGUGACGGUCGCAGUGCGCGUUUCGGUGGCGGCGAUUUCGCAGUGAUUCACGCGCUCACCCAUCGAUUGAUUCGACACAAUACACUGUGAAUUCAAAAUGUGCGAAAUCUACACUGAGUUUUUCUUCUGUUUACAACGAUCCCAAAAGUGAAAAAUAACGUAUUUUCGAGGAAUCAGAUAUAAUUGUUAAAAGUAACAACCACCAACGACGAGUGAGCGAUGAAGCUUAGCAAAAUAUUCAACCAUAAAUUCGUGCUGGGCAGCUGUAAUCUGAUUUUCAUGCUAUGCGGUAUUACACUCCUUGCCACCGGAUUUUACAUGUUCACAGAUGCACCUCGGAUAUUGUUGUCCCGGUUGCUGAUAUCGACCACCGAACACCACAAAACGCUGCUGUCGGAGUUGGAGCAGCCGCUAUUCUACUAUGUCGCGUUGGGAUUGACCAUGGCCGGUCUGGUGGCGAUCACCGCUUCCCUGCUCGGAUGCUGGGCCACCUGCAUGAAUACAUACUGUGUGCUGACGUUUUACUUCCUCAUAAUCAUGACCCUGUUGAUAGCGGAGUUUGGCGUCUGUCUGAUGAUCACCGCUUGGCCCCAGUGCCUCGGAUUAAAUCUGGACGAAACAGCCAUGGUGAAGGCACUCCAGGGUAGUUAUGGGGUGCCUGGUCACGAACAGUUUACCGCCGCUAUGGAUCUCGCCCAGACGAUCUUCGAAUGUUGCGCCAUCAAUACUGCCAUUAACUACGAUACAGCCCUGUGGAAGCUGCAGAGUUUGGGCAAAAAGGAGCUCACCGUGCCGCUGACGUGUUGCAAACUGCAAAACCGCUACGAAUACGGUGCCUAUUUGGACCCAAUCCCAAGGAAUCUGACACUUUGUCAAGCGCUUCAACCCCAUGAUUACGAGGGGCAUCGUCAUUUGGACGGCUGCCUGCAUCGGAUCGACAUCUGGUACCGGGAGCAGUACUUUAUGUUCCUCUGCGCGGGGCUCAUGGUUGCUGUGAUUGAAUUUUGCGUUCUGCUUAGCAUUAUUCUGAGCUGUACCAAACUGCCGCGUAAAUCGGCCAUUGUGGACACGAGAGACCGGCUGCAACCGGGAGUAGCACUUGUCUCACAUCCCAGUGGGCGCCUUAGCGUCCGGGACAACAUCUAUGAGAGGGAGCUGCCGACACCUGUGCCGGUGCCGAGUAUUCGUGAUACAUACAUUCAACCCAAAGAGUACACCAAAUCGAGGCACGAGAUUCCGUUCAACACCGGUUCACAUUACUAUCAGAUUUCGAAGAGUUACCUCGUGUAGGAAGGAAGAAACGAAGGAGUGUGAGGUAGGAUUUUUUAGUAUUAAGAUUGUGACUAUUUUCCGGUAUAAAUUUGUA